AUGGCUGACAUCAGGACGCAAAGUCUCAAGAAGCCUGUGGAUGUGGCAGAGUAUCUCUUCCAUCGACUUCACGAAGCUGGUGUCCGCUCGGUCCAUGGUGUACCUGGAGACUAUAAUCUCGUUGCGCUCGACUACCUCCCAGGAUGUGGUCUCAACUGGGUCGGCAGCAUUAAUGAGCUCAAUGCAGCGUACGCCGCCGAUGGGUAUGCCCGCGUUAAGAAAAUCUCGGCUCUCAUCACGACGUUUGGCGUCGGUGAGCUCUCGGCCAUCAACGGUAUUGCAGGCGCCUUCUCAGAGAUGAUUCCAGUCGUCCACAUUGUCGGCUGCCCUUCCACCUUGUCCCAGCGAAACGGCAUGCUGCUUCACCACACACUGGGCAACGGAGAUUUCAACGUCUUUGCCAACAUGAACGCGUCAAUCUCGGUCAAUGUCGCCAAGCUGAAUCAUCCGUCCGAGGUCGCCGACCAAAUUGACCAUGCAUUGCGAGAGUGCCAGCUCCAGUCAAGGCCAGUGUACAUCAUGCUGCCUACAGACAUGGUACAGGCUAAAAUCGAGGGCGCGAGACUCGACAAGCCCAUUGACUUGACGGAGCCUUCCAACGAGCCAGAAAAGGAGGACUAUGUGGUGGACGUGGUUCUCAAGUAUCUCCGUGCGGCCAAGCGACCCAUCAUCCUUGCCGAUGCCUGCGCGAUUCGACACCGUGUGCUGAAUGAAGUACAUGAUCUCGUCGAGAAGACGAAUCUGCCGGUGUUUGUAACGCCCAUGGGCAAGAGCGCCGUCAAUGAAACACACCCAAACUAUGGAGGUGUGUACGCUGGUGAUGGAUCGCAUCCCGAUGUGAAGGAAGCCGUCAGUGCCGCUGAUCUGAUCAUCACCAUUGGUGCCUUGAAGAGUGACUUCAACACGUCAGGCUUCACAUACCGAACCUCGCAGCUCAAUACCAUCGACCUCCACAGCGACCAUUGCAUUGUCAGAUAUUCUGUGUACCCCAGUGUUCGCAUGAGGGGCGUCCUUCGCAAGGUCAUCAACCAGGUCUCGGCCAGCGACUUGGCUGUUCACCCAAGCCCAACGGUCUCGACCCAGGUGAACGAGACCGAUGAUGGGUCACAGACCAUCACGCAGGCUUGGCUUUGGCCCCGCGUCGGCCACUUCCUGAAGGCAAAGGACAUUGUCGUCACGGAGACGGGCACAGCCAACUUUGGCAUCUGGGAUACCAAGUUCCCAGAAGGCGUCACAGCCCUCAGUCAGGUUCUUUGGGGCAGCAUCGGAUGGUCGGUCGGCGCUUGCCAAGGUGCGGCACUGGCUGCCAAAGAUUUGGGUGAUCGUCGCCGCACGAUACUCUUCGUCGGCGAUGGGUCGUUCCAAUUGACAGCCCAAGAGCUGAGCACGAUGAUCCGCCAGGGUCUCAAGCCCAUCAUAUUCGUCAUCUGCAACGAAGGCUUCACCAUUGAGCGUUUCAUCCACGGCAUGGAGGCCACCUAUAACGACAUUUCGCAAUGGGACUUUAAGGCUCUGGUCGACGUGUUUGGAGGUAGCAAGACCUCUCGCACGUUCACGGUCAAGACCAAGGACGAGCUCAACAAUCUCCUGACCGAUGAUGCGUUCAAUGCGGCCGAAUGCCUCCAGUUUGUCGAGUUGUACAUGCCGAAAGAAGACGCGCCGCGCGCGCUGGUGAUGACUGCUGAAGCAAGCGCGAAAAACAACGCGCAGAGAGAAUAG